AUGGGCAACACUAGCAGCUCAUCCUGCUGCCUGGUACCCUGCGUGGCUCUGGUGUGCUGGCCUGUGUACGGCGAGGCUGCCUCCUGCCAGCCAGCCUGCGGGACCACCAGCUGCUGCCCCUGUAGCUGCCAGUCCUUAUGCAGCCCUGUGGUCUGUGGCCCAGCCUGCUGUGUACCCUGCCCCUGCCAGGCAGCCUGCUGCGUGCCCGUGAGUUGCCAGCCCGCUGUGUGCCAGUCCCCGUGCCCCAUCCUCAUCUGCACACCUGUCACCUGUGGCAGCCUCGCCACAGCUUCUUCCCAGUGGCCACUGAUGGACAUGCUCCAUGUGCUCCUCCCUCUGAGGGUAGAGGUGGAUCUGGAGGUGUCCCCGGCUCUCCAGAUUCAUCUUUCUCAUGUUCUUAGGAGGAGUAUGCCCUCCUGCCUCUCCCUUGUCUGCACACCUAUCACCUGUAGCACACCCACGUGCUGCUGA